AUGAAUGGAAAGAAAGGUCGUCCUUUAACAAGGUAUACCACCGAUAUCAUGGCCUUUUGUUUUGUGGUGGGUACCGAAGUUGGGAGAUCCUUUCAAGUUGAAGGCCAAGCAGGAAUGAAAAAUGUUAAAAAAUUGAAACCACUUGAAACCAGAAGUGACAUAGAUGAUGAAAAUAUUAUUAUACAAAAUCUUGGAGGAAAACGGUUGACUCCAUUUGAUGAUUUUGGUGACAUUUUUGCGUAUAGUGACUUGAAGAACAUCCGCAUCAUCGUACAACCACCUGUCACCACUGCCGUACCUCAAGUUAAUUUGGAAGAUCCGCAUUCGAUUUUAGCAUGGAUACAGAACUACAGCCCGACUGGAGUGGCUGGAGCGAAACCAGCAUUGCUUGUUGAAUCAUUUGGUGCCCAAUUUACUUUAUGUGGUCGUGAAAACACCAUAAAUACCCUCUGGUAUGGCAACAGAGCCAAUAGUUAUGGGAUUCUAAACCGUUUUAGAAACUAUUGUAGUGCAAAUCCAAAAAAAGAUCGUAAUUUUCACCCAAUUCCAUUCCUUGGUUGCGGUCCUGGUACAGGAAAAAGUCGAUUUUUGCAGGAGAUCUGCAACAUUAUUCGCGAAAAAGCCCAAUUAUCAAAUGAUGAUGAAAUUAAAUCUAUACUAGGAGAAGCAAUUUUUCUGAACAUUACAUAUGGAAAUGGAUCUGCAUUUUCAGAUUUUGAUGUGGAUAUUGGUGCAGAAGCUUCGUUAGCACUGAGGAUUUUAUACACCUACUUUGUACAUGGCGAUGAAAGCGUGCCCUACAACUUGUUCGCACGAAAUAUUGGAAAAAAUGCUAAGCAGUUAGGUCUGAGUGUUGUUUUACGAGCUAUUUAUGAAAGCAAGCGUAGAGGAAAUAUGAGAAAACUUGCAAUUAUUGUUGGAAUCGAUGAGGUCAACAAACUAUAUGACAUAAAUCGGGAAGCUUUUCGUUGUCUUGUAGCUAGUAUUGGCACAACGAGUUGUGACUCGGGGCCAAUUUUUUUCGUUCCAAUCUUAGCAGGAACAAUUGAGGGUCCACUCCAGUCAGUAAUUACCAAAUCCUUGCAUCAAGCUCUUCAGUUACCAUUAGAAUUACUGGAUACAUCUCAUAUGCUAUUAAUUGCGUGUGACCUUGGAUUUGAUGAAACCUUUGUCUAUCAAAAUAAUCUUUUCAAACGUAUUAUUGCCGAUAUAGGUGGUCAGGUGCGUGCUUUGGAGAUAUUCUACGAAUCAAUUUGGGGUGAAGCGAAAACAAAUAAAUUGGAAGAUAUCGAUUUAGUGGAUAUUAUGCACUUACUUGAGGAAAAGCUACAUUCACGCUAUGACUUCAAAACUUUUGCAAGCCAAAUCACUCCGGUGCUUGCGAAUGCAAUUUUAGAAAGAUCUGUCGAUGAAAACGAUGGUAUUUACACGGAUGAAUAUAAAAAUCAGUAUGUCUCAUACAAAAUGUUGAAAUCCCUUGGCAUUUUGACGCUUGAACCAGUUGAUAGUACAAGGUUUUAUAUACGUCUCCCAUAUAUUUGGGUGUGGCUUUUGGUAAAAAAUUCUGGUGAUCGAUCAAUUUAUAAAUUUUGGAAUUUGAUGAUUAAUCCUGAGGAACAAUUUUAUUGGCAACAAUGGGAAAACUUCAAUGUUAAUUUUUGGGCCUUGCGCAUGUGCUUACUUUCAGUACUUGGAUACAAAACAAUAAAGUUAAAGGAACUGCUAAAGGGAGCAUUGUAUUCAGAUGUAGAUAUGGACGUGGAUGUGGAUAUUCCUGAUUAUAAUUCAGUUCAAGUGCAUUAUCUUAGUAAACGAUACCCAUUCGAUGAUAAUGUUUUAGAUUCUAAUGGUCAAUCAUGUGAAAUUUCACAUAAUGAUAAUAAUAAGAUUUAUAAAAAUGGUGAAGGUGCAGGGUGUGAUGAAUUUUCUUUUCUAAUAAUCAAUCGCGGGCAACCAAUGUUAUUGGCAUUACAAAUGAAAUGGCGAGACCUGGAAUCAGAGAAUCCACAAAAAAUUAACGAUAAGUUGAUCAGUAAAGAAUAUAAUAAAGUUAAGGACUUCGCAAGAAAGAUUGGGUUGGAUAACUGGCUGUUGAUAAUCCUGUCAAACUGUUCGAGCACAUUUAACAAAACCCUACUACCAACAAGAUGCGCAAUUGUUGACAAAAAUAAUUUUAUUGAGUUUUAUGGAAAGAUAUAUUCAUCUCGGGCCCAAUUUACUGCUGCUCAUGAUAAGGUAUGUGUUAAUUCAGCAAAAUUUUUUGAAUUAAGAGUUAUAGAUGGAGUGGGACCAAUAAUUGCAAAAUGUAUUAUCGAUGAACGUGAAAGUAGUAAAAGAAAAUUUGUUGACGGUGAAGAUCUAUGCAAACCGGAGCUUAGAGAUGUUAAAUGGUCCAUCCGGUCCAAUCUGGUCCAAGGACCGCCCAUCCUAGGCAGGACUGGACCGGAUCAAGAUCCAAGGACCGUUCUAGGACCUGAUCCGGGAUCUAAAAUGGGACCGGAUCAGGAUCUAAUUUAUAGCUUGGAUAAUCCAAAUAUAGUAUACGCUGGUAAUUAG